AUGGCCUCUGGCAAAGCCAAAGGCGUCGAUGAAAUGACCUUCAUGGAGCUGUGCGAAAUGAUGAAGGCUCUUGGUUUAUCGGACGAAGGGGUGAUGGAAUUGAAGGACGCUAGGUCCCUAAUAAAAUCCACAAUAAAGGCAGAAAAGACGACGAAAUGGUCACCAGGAAAGGUACGGUAUUUGUUGGUAAAAUUUCAGAACGAGCAAAUCUUAGCUCGGGUAUUCAAUUGCUUGCAUGAACGCUAUUUAGUGAUCACUAUCUCGCAUGAGGCCAUGCGAGGUUAUAAGGCGAAAAUAAAUUUAGAAUUUUUUCGUUAAUUUCAUUCUUAGGAUUUGUGUACUAACCCUCAAGAUGGACGGCUUUUUUCCCUUUUGAUGUGUAAGAAAAGAAAGACUAUGGAUUUUUGCCCUGUACCGAGGCAAUCAAAACAUCAUAGGCACAAAUUAACAAAAUAUGUAUACUCUUCAUGACUCUUCUAGUGUUAUUUAAAGAAUAAUUCUCGACUAGGAUGUGCUUUUUCAUGGAAAAAUUCUCUACACGUUUUUAUUAUCAUGUAAUAAACAAGAAAUGUGAAAGCGAAAGUCUUCCGCUUCCCAGUCGAUCGGUUCCAUCACCCUGAUCACGUUGCAAACCUUCGAUGUCAACAAGAUCACCAAAUAUCUGACAGCCGCACUUCGCCGUGCCGAUCUGACAGAACUAUAACAGCGCGAAGUAACGAACAAAAGUCGAAUAUUCGAUUGGAUUUUCAUUCUUAGCGUUUCAGCCUAGGAAGAUAGUCCGAGGGUCUACGAGGCUGACAAUUUAAUACUCGACACUCCGCACGUUUGAAAAAAGCGGUUCCUUAAUAUUCUGUAAGAGAUAUAUACCAAAUACUAGUCGAGAUACUAAAGCUAAGACGGUUGGUCAAACCCACGUAAACCCGGAGAAUCACGCAGUCUGUCAGUUAAUGCAUUCUUGUAUAUAUCUGUUAUCAUUUCGACAUUAAUAAUAGAUAUGAUAGUGUGAAUCAGAGCUAUAGUUCAUCCCUCCCCCUCCCCUUUAUUAAAUCGAUAUUUCCGAGAAUCGCUUUGUGAUGAGUAUUGGCUUCUAUUCUUAACAACGGAAGUUUGAGGACUGUGAAUAUCUGUCUUAGUUUUUUUUAGCAAUAACAAUGGUUUGUAGCAAAGUGAAAGAUCAUCGACGAUUUCGAGAGCCGUGCUGGAAACUGAAAGGACUGGACGACAUGAAAGGCCUAAAUAUAAGAAUUCGGGGUAAAGACAAAGACACGUCGAUUAAGCUGGUCGGCAAGAGAGGUACGAAACUAAUUGAACCAGGAGCCGAUUGUAUCGAACGAGUUGCCCUACUAGCCCUGUAUUGAUCUUACAUUCGAUCGAGAUAACUUGAACCUCUUUGGCUGACCUUUACUCUCGCUUCGAAAAAUGAAAAUAACCAAAUAAAAAUUCUUCAAGUUUACCCAUCAAUGCGUUAUACACAGUGGAGUAUUCCAGUGUUGAGAAACUGAUUCAUUUAAGCAAACUUCAUCCAGUGUUGUUUAUUGGUGACCGCAAAGCAUUUUUAGGUAAGUUUCGGGUGGAUAUUAUUCGUCCAAGCACAAACUGACUAGAUGAACACCAGUUUAGAAAUAUUUUGCCCUCUAAAGUGGUUAACUGGAGAAAAAAAUCUCAGGAGAACCCAAAACACCUUUUUUUUGCAUUUUGUUUUUUUCCCCCGGUUUUACUAUAACCUUUCUACAUUUUACGAUGAUAGAUAGUCGGCCAUAAGGCAUGUUUCCGCACUUCAAAUACGUGGUGCAACAACUGAUUUUGAUGUUUGUAAUGCACAGUCUUUCGAUCUCUUCAGAAACAAUUACAGUUUUUCGAAAGGUGACUGGAGGUCUUUGAUGAUAAUUAGUUGAUAAAGUUGUUUGUUCUUUUUAGGAUGCAAAAUUCUUACAGUUAAGAUUACUGGCCGAAAGUUUAGCUGCUAGGGAUACAGGGGAUUUUCAGUACUCCUGUGAAGACACUCGCCUGGCGCGUUUCCUAUGUAUUCAUUUUUUCCUUUCUCUCUCGUUUUGAACUCGAUAUUUAAGGCUCUUCCACGCUCGUAAACUCUCCCUGUCUUUUUUUGUGCGUCAACGUUCACACUGCAACUUCAGUCAACGUGUUGGAAUUCUUUGAAGGAACUGGGUGGAUUCUUAGCGCCCCAAGGUGGGCCGGUGUGGGAACGAUAUAAGCAUUCGAGAUGACAAUCCACAGUUUGGCCAUUCUCUUUAUAUUUUGUUUUUAGUAAGUUGGAUUGUAUGGCUCUUGAUUGUAGUUAAGAACAUGGAAAGCGACAACUGGCGAAAAUAAGUCUGCGUUCAUAAGCUAGUAUGAACGCUGAAGACUUUUUUUUUUGUACAUUUCUCAGGCCUUCACCAUUGUAUCAAAAGCUAAAGAGGACUAUGACAGGAAAAGAGACAAGCUUUUGGAAUCUUACACCAAGUCCGAGGCGAUACUGACUGAAGCGUGCAAGAAAUUGCCUGUAUUGCAGAAAUUCAUUGACAACUUUGAAAAGCGCAUUGAACAUCUAAAGCAAAAGGAAUAUUUCCUGUUUGUCACAGGUACCACUAAUUUACGUUCUACUGCAUGAAACUAGUUUUGCUGCAGUUAACCUAUGUAGAUUAGUAAGUUUGUAAUCAGAUUUUUUUUAAGUGCGAUAAAUCUCAUUGUCUUUGGACCCCUAAAAUUUCGUACGAAAUAGUUCGAUAAGGAAAACAAUUCGCCAAAAAUUACGUUACUUCCAUUUGGCCCACAGGAAGUUAAUAGAUUUAGCCAAUUAUGUGCCUAGUUCCAGCCCCCACCGUGUUUUGAGCUUCACGCAACGAUUUUUGAAAAACUUGAAAAUAUGGCCAUCUGAUGCGGCACUGAUUUGUGGCGGUGUUUGCGAAGAACGAAGCCUUAUUCAACCAAAUACAAGUCAAGCAAAUUAUUUUGAAGGAUUCUGGAGGAUAACAAGCAAAAAAACGCGAAAACCAAGGUAAGAAAACAGUAAGAAUCUUUGUGUGGAAUGCGCCGUCGUCGGCUGUCUGGCACACAAUUCUCUUAAAACGCAGUGAAUUCCGUCCCGCUAAGCUUAAUUUUGCCUUCAAAGCCUUGCUUAUUUUGAUGACUUCUAUCAGUGAAUCCAUGUUUGCUUGUUUUUAACUCGAUAUUUCGCCGAGAAACUAAAAUAUAAAGCGUCUUUCGAAGGUCAACAUCCACUGUGUGUCGAGUGCCAUUAUGCUAAUUAGCUCUGACGUCAUUGCAUAAUGUCACAGCGUCAGAAAAUAAAUUUCUUGGAAAUCACUAGUCGCCCUAUAUUUUCAAUCGAUUUUUUGAGCUGUUUUGCUUAGAUAUUGAAGAANGGCUCUUGAUUGUAGUUAAGAACAUGGAAAGCGACAACUGGCGAAAAUAAGUCUGCGUUCAUAAGCUAGUAUGAACGCUGAAGACUUUUUUUUUUGUACAUUUCUCAGGCCUUCACCAUUGUAUCAAAAGCUAAAGAGGACUAUGACAGGAAAAGAGACAAGCUUUUGGAAUCUUACACCAAGUCCGAGGCGAUACUGACUGAAGCGUGCAAGAAAUUGCCUGUAUUGCAGAAAUUCAUUGACAACUUUGAAAAGCGCAUUGAACAUCUAAAGCAAAAGGAAUAUUUCCUGUUUGUCACAGGUACCACUAAUUUACGUUCUACUGCAUGAAACUAGUUUUGCUGCAGUUAACCUAUGUAGAUUAGUAAGUUUGUAAUCAGAUUUUUUUUAAGUGCGAUAAAUCUCAUUGUCUUUGGACCCCUAAAAUUUCGUACGAAAUAGUUCGAUAAGGAAAACAAUUCGCCAAAAAUUACGUUACUUCCAUUUGGCCCACAGGAAGUUAAUAGAUUUAGCCAAUUAUGUGCCUAGUUCCAGCCCCCACCGUGUUUUGAGCUUCACGCAACGAUUUUUGAAAAACUUGAAAAUAUGGCCAUCUGAUGCGGCACUGAUUUGUGGCGGUGUUUGCGAAGAACGAAGCCUUAUUCAACCAAAUACAAGUCAAGCAAAUUAUUUUGAAGGAUUCUGGAGGAUAACAAGCAAAAAAACGCGAAAACCAAGGUAAGAAAACAGUAAGAAUCUUUGUGUGGAAUGCGCCGUCGUCGGCUGUCUGGCACACAAUUCUCUUAAAACGCAGUGAAUUCCGUCCCGCUAAAGCCUUGCUUAUUUUGAUGACUUCUAUCAGUGAAUCCAUGUUUGCUUGUUUUUAACUCGAUAUUUCGCCGAGAAACUAAAAUAUAAAGCGUCUUUCGAAGGUCAACAUCCACUGUGUGUCGAGUGCCAUUAUGCUAAUUAGCUCUGACGUCAUUGCAUAAUGUCACAGCGUCAGAAAAUAAAUUUCUUGGAAAUCACUAGUCGCCCUAUAUUUUCAAUCGAUUUUUUGAGCUGUUUUGCUUAGAUAUUGAAGAAAAAAAAUCUUUUUGACUAUCGUUUUCUCCUGGCAAAAUAAUUAUGCACAAAUAUGCCUUGUAAUCUUUUUUGGCGAAAUAUUAUGGGUUUCCUGAGACCGAAAUAUUUUUUUUCUGAAAGUUUAAUUUUUGCCCUUUCUAAUGAGGUAUAGCUCUAUAUUGAACUGUAAAUAACAGCAGAGAUAUAAUUUUUUAAAGUUACAGGGUCAAAAAUACUUAAAAUAAGUUCCGAAGACAAUUGCAAUAAGGCAAGCAAAAAAACCAUGUGCAUUCAAAAUAUGAGGGAAACAGUAAUUGUAUAAUAUGUUGUUUUUAGUAAUAGUCAAUGGUGUCAUUCUAAAAGUCUACUUGUGUGGUUGAUCACUCAAUAUAUUAUUCAAAUCAAGCCCGUCAAAGUCAAUACUUCCUGUCCCACCAUCAAUACAAUGUAAAUUCAACCGUAGAAAAAAGUUGAAAAGGAAAUUUUACACCCUAUUUUUUUGUUUUGUUUGUUUGUUUUUUGUUUUUUCGGGUAUGCACACAUGCAUGUAACCUCUGGUGGGGUGUUUUUAGUGGAGCCCCAUGGUUAAGAAAAUUUGGUAAUCUAUCCACCCCCGAAAAUUAUUUAUGACGUCAGCGUACGACCGAACGCUGACCGUACAGACUCAGGGGAGGGGGAGGGGAGUCAGGAGUCAGCCUGUCUGGGGAGGAAUAUGAAAUGGCUGAGGUGAAAUGUUUGCAUUUCACGCACCCCGGUCGUUUCGGCGGUAAAUCACAUGGCGGCCCGGACGUUUAAAGAAAAAAAACAAGUCUUUCUUUCCACUAAAUUUUAAUGUCCACACUAUUUUAGAUAACAGGAAAAGAGCCAGAGCGAGAAAUGAAUAACAAUGAAGACCAAUUUCGUUGGAAGAAAAACAUGAAAAUUAUAUAACGGCGGUGAGAGUGUGCUGCACGUGCAAAGCUGUUUUUUUGCUAAUUAGAAAAAAGUGUGCUGCACGUGCAAAGUUUUUUUUACUAAUUAAAAAAAGAAGUGUGCUGCACGUGCAAAGUUUGUUUUUUGCUUAUUAGAUCUGUUGUUAUUGUUUUUUACCGUUCUCGUUGUUUUCACCUCGUCUAUAGUAUUUUCUUUGAGAAAACUUUAAAUAUUAAAGAGAGCUUCGCUUUUAGCCCUGGCUAAAUCUAUAGUGUAAAAUUCCGGAAAAAUAAGCCCCUCCUUGUAUAAGCCCCACCAAAUAUAAGCCCCCCAAACCGGUAACGCAAAAAACCCCUCCAUUAAAUCGCCCCUCCAAAUAUAAGCCCCCCGGGGGCUUGUACUUGAAAAAUUGCCCUCAAAUACAAAGUAAAACAAAGCAAAACGGUAAAUUUACUUCCAACUAUAAGGCUAGCCCAAUCGAUUUUGAAACGCAAAUUUCCCUCCGUAGAUAAGCCCCUCCGAAUAUAAGCCCCUCCAACAAUAAGCUCCUCAAAAAGGGCCUUUGAAAAAUAUUAGCCCCGGGACUUAUGUUCUGUGAAUUUUACCGUUUAUUAUUUUUAAUUAUUUUAUUUUAUUUUAUUUUAGGCGAGACGUCUGCCGGAAAAAGCCUUCUGAUUAAUCUUUUCCUGGGAGAAGAAAUUCUUCCAUCCGCACAUACCCGAGCUACUUCCACUAUAUGCGAGAUAAGGUAUGGGGAGCAACGCAGAAUUAAGGCCUAUUUUAAAAGUAAGGAUCCUGAAACAGGACAGCCAACCAAGGAAAUAUCCCUUGAGCCGCCUUCAGGAAGUUCUGAACAAAAUUACGUUGAACAGAUCUCUCCUUUUGUUAGCGAGAAUGCUUCACUUUGUACGAGGAUUGAACUCUUUUGGCCUCAUCCACUUUUACAGGUGAUUAUAUUUUCAUUGUGUUUUAUACCCGAAGUAAAAAUUAAUCCUUGAGUGUUGUAUUUUUCGCUACAAUUAAGUUUUUGUUCACUGGAGAUAACUCUGCUUGGCUGCCGUGCAGAAGUUCAAAUGGAAAAAGUCUCAGAUCAUAGCUCCUCUGAGUUUCAACCCAUAUACCGUGUCAGUGACACAAACCUCUGUCUAAAAUAUCCAUAGUAUUGUUGUUGUGUCUAAAGGAUAAAAAGCACUAAAAUAGGUCUUUUUCAUUCCUGGAGCAUAACCUGUUGACCUAUUGAUUGUGCACAGACACUUCACUUGAUUAACAAUUUGGAAAUUUCAUCAGAAUUGUUUUGUACAUCAUAACUGGCUUAUAACUCUAAACUAGCCUACCUAAAACCUUACGAUAUUUCAAUUUAAGAAAAAUUGUCCCCUCAAAAAAUUGGUUAUUAGGUCCCACCCUUAGGAAUGAGCUUAAGCGGCUGGCUUCACUUGUUCAAACGUUCAAGCGAGGGUGCCUGAAGCUCGGCAGUCUAUACAUUAUACUUUUUUUUUAUAUGGCUUAAUCCGCGAGCGGGCAAGAUGAAGCGAAUCCUGCGUUCUGAUUGGCUACCGGAGCAGGCAAGAUGGACCCAUUUUGCUCGCUCGGGAUUUCCCGCGCUGGUCACGCCAGAAAAAGUUCUCUUUUUGGCCAUGUAAUAAACCCUUUAUUGACCAAGCUUGUUUGGUCAAGGUGGCUGGAUAAUGGCCUCGUUGUUUUCUGCUUUUUUAUGUCUUUGUCAAUAAAAAAAGCAAAAAAGAACUUGACCAAUAUCCAGCCAUCCUGACCGAACAAGCUUGGUCAAUAACGCAAGCCAUAUAUCUAAAGAGCGCACGCCAGAGGACAAUUUGUGGCAGAAGAAAAAUACCUCUGCCCUUUUUAAACCGCUCAACUUCAGACCGACAACCACGUCUAAUUAAACUUUAUUUAUAGCUCCGAUAGUAUAUUGUAAUUUAAAUUUUCACAUUAAGACGAGAAAAGAAAGUGUCCGCACUGAGCAGUCGGCCUUGAUUCAAAUGAUUUGCGUCCCCGAUUUUCAGCUUCAAAACUUUUUCAGUGAUUUCCCAUCUCAGAUGAUCUAUCAAGUGGUUAAGAUUUUAAAAUCUUCAACGUUUCCCUUUUAAUCUCUCUUUUUGCAGACGGGUAACGUGAAGGGAAACCUUGCUCUAUUGAUAAUUUUGGUAAAACACGGUAGUCAGUUAUCGACUUUAGCGAGCAUGCGCAUAUAUAUGAUAAAAAAAAAUUGACCUCUUUGCUGGAACCAACAGCGCUCACACACGCUCUGAUUGUCUAAUACAGCGCUUGCGCAUGCUGUGAUUGUCUCGCCUUGACCGAGUUGAUCCCGCUGGGUGAGCCAGUUUUUAUAUGGAGAAAAGUUGUCCCGGCUAGUAGGGUCAGACCCAACCAUUGAAAAAGGGUGACGCAGGACACCCUUCUAGCCAAGCCAACGUAUUGUUUCUUUAAAACGUUUCGCCACAUUUCAACAUUUUGUAAGGAAAUGUAUGAAACGUUGGCUCGUCGAGGUUAGCUCGGGUAGGCGGAUGACCAUUUUCCCACGGACGACUUUUCUCCAUGUAAACGGGGCCUAAUGGUAGUAGAAGUACAAGUAGUUUGGAGUAUAAGUAAUGGUAGCACAACGCGGCAAAGAUAGUGGUAGUAUGGCUUAAAACGUAAAAAAAACUAAAUCUGAUAUGUCUUUAAUUUUAGAAAGGCAUAGUGAUCGUUGACAGUCCUGGCGUUGGGGAAUCUAAAGAGUUGGAUGACGUGGUGUACCAGUAUCUCCCUAAAGUCUUUGCUUUCAUUUUUGUCCUUUCUGCCGCAAACUCUGAUGGAAUUCAAAAAGAUACAGUAAGUAUCCUAACCGCUUACAUUAUUUUUUGCCAACUUUACCUGAUUUGAUUACGUAAAUCGACCCAUUUCGUGUGCCAGGCCUUUGUCGAAGCAAAAGAAGGAAUUGUCUCAAUAUCAGGAAACUUCAAGUCGCUUUUGUCUUUGCUGUUUUGUUAUUAAAUGUUUAAAUUUUUGUCUUGGAUAAAACAGCAGGAUAUGGAUGUCGUCAUUUUAUAUAAAAACUUGCAAUUGUCUCAAGGCUGUUCUAUAAGUAGACUCAGUCUCCAGUCGUAGGUAUCUCGCUGCGCCCGCGGUACUACCCACAGGCGCACCGAUACACCCGCGGCUGGAGACUGAACCUAAGUUAUAAGAUGGAGAUUUUUAGAGAGGAGAAGUCAUACGCCACGUUGCCAUGAUAGCAAAAUUUCGGGAUCUCAACAAGCUUCAACAAACCAUAGGCCUGCAAAUAUGGCAGGAAGAAACGAAAAGUGUUCCCCUUUCUUCUCUAAUGUCGUACCAUUUGCGAAGAUUGUCGAGACAACCAAGCGAGGAAUAAUUGUUUUCCGGCAAUUUCUGGUGAGUCUAUCAGCUAAUCAGAUCUUUCAGAUUGUUCUAAGAGUCAACCAGUCACUACGCGCAUAUUGUGACCGCAAUCACUUGUAGUCUACUUGUCGUGACUAAUUCUGAGACAACAAACUGUAGGCCUGGUUCUUUCCUUGAUUGUUUUUCCUUUCCUGCCUUAUCAAUCAGAGAUAAAACUCUGAUUGAUAAGGCAAGGAAGGAAAAAAAUAAAAUAAAUAUUCCUCGCUUGGUUGUGGCAACAAUCUUCCCAAAUGGUACGAUAUUAGAGAAAGGGGAGGAUUUUGCCGUCUGAAUUUUUAUUUUGUGUUAAAUGUGCCGAUGCUUUGGAGUCCUGCAACUCCUGUUCGUGACAAAGUACCACUUAAAUACUCUUUAAAGACAUCCGCCUAUUCUACAAAUCCAGUUAGAAGCGUCUUGUAAACUACAAGGUUGAGCCAGCGUUACAAUGGUCAGCUUGGUGGUGAGCCGCACGAAAGCGAGGCAAAAUGUCGAGAAUAAAACCGGCAUCUGAGUGAAAUAGGUCUGCAUACUGAGCAUACUGAGCAUACUGAGCGAGCAGUAAUAAUGCCUGAUUUCGUCGGUCUUCUUAAAAACAAGGACCUCGCGCUUGGUCAUUAUGCUUAAGAAGACUGAGGAUUGGGGGCAUUAUUCGAUCUAACGGACCUUUUCCAUUGUUUUAAAACGAUAUUUAGCACAAAUAUAUCUUGCAAAUUGGGCUCAAAUUUUCAGACAAAAUUGUUCUGCUGCAGCUAUAGCUUGAUCAGAAAUUGAUGAGCGCAUGCUAUUGAGACAAAAACAGCUUCAACCAAAGAUUUGCCUAUUUUGUCACGAACAACAAACAUUACACAUUAGGUUACGUGGGUUCAUGACUACGCAUUGAUCAUACACUCUUUUUUUUUAUAAGAAUGUACUUUAUAAGAAUAUAGAGGCUGAAAUUUGCGAACUUUAAAGAAUAUUUUAAGAAUAAAGCCGAGGCUGAGAUUUUGAAAAGGAUAGAUAUAAUUUUGUGUGUUGAAACAUCUGUAAAUACAAUAAAAUUUUAUGUUUUUAACUUAACCGUAUAAAAUUAUUCCUUUCUCUGAACGGCGAAACUAGCCAACAAAACGAAAAAACCUGCACUAGCUAUAGCAAAGUGUUCAACGCUAAUGACAGUUCGAUGAACGGUACAUGUAAUACAUGUACAUAUACCCCAAUAAAUUCUAAAACGGAAAUGUCAUAAGCUAUAAUUUAAGAAUAAUACAAGAAUAUUUUCAGCCUAAAAUCGGCAGAAAAAUAAGAAUAUUCAGCCUAAGCCAGAAAAACAACAUUCUUAUAAAAAAAAAAGAGUGUAACCAUAAGAAAUGUACGCAGAUAUCACUCGUAACUUGUCUUAACUAAAGGCAGAAAAUAAUUAGUUUUUUAGUGUUUUACUAAAUACAACUUACUGGUAAUUUCGUUAUAAAUUAUUUGUAUGAUUUUUUCGACUUUUCAGAUCAGAAAAUUAUUUGAAAUGGUAAUGAACGUCUUCAGUGUUUUGAAACAAGAAGUGAGAGAAAAUCUGGCCACUGCGUUCCCUAUUGAAGAAGGAAUGUGCGGAAUGACGCAUGUUUUGCAGGAAUAUCUGUUAACAAAGUGCGCCUUGUUUGUGUCUAACAAGUGGGACGAAGUUCCAAAGGGAGAAUUUCAAAAUGUCAAGGAAGUUUCCAUCAGGAAAUUGAAGGAGAUCUGGCCCGGCUUUGAUCCCAAAUCACAACUUAUUUGCAUGUCAGCAAAAUAUGCCAGAGUAGCUCAGCAGUACAAUGUCGCAACAGAAGAUUUUCACUCGUUGAUGAAUGGUAUGGAUGGCUUGAUCACCAAAUGCAUUAACGCCAGACUAGAACUUAAUUGGCGGUAAGGUUUAGUUUACUUAGGUAUAGCCUGCGAAUACAGCCGUUUCUCCUCGCUCUUCGCCGCUGGGGAAGUUUCGCGAGGAGGAGCGUCUGCGACUCAGUGAUAGAAAUUCCAUACUGAUCACGUAAAUCAAUGUUUAUAUAAUAAGUCCGGUAGUCAUGGGGUUCCAAAUGCAAGUUUGUUCAAUUUUACGUUUCGCCUGGUUGAUUUUGGUGAAGUGUUGUGUUCAUCUGCGAACGAGCUUCAUCAAAACUCAAAUGCUUCUUCUAGAGAAGACUGUUUUCCACAAAUAUUGACUGUUUUGUUAGAGAUUCAACGCGUUUAUAUUCGACCUUUGUGGUCUUUUGUCUUUUGUCUAUCAUUCGUAAACAAUAGACAAAACAAUGUAACUACUGUGUCGACCAAUCAGCGCUUCUGACGGAUUCCGGACAGAUUUUACGUCAUCUGUUGCUGAGUCGCAGACUUUCCUCCUCGCGAUACGUCCCCAGGGGCGAUUAGCGAGGGGAAACGGCUGUUUUUGCAGGCUAACUUAGGUAUAUCAAGAAAGGAUACUUAUUUCUCUUUUAAGGUGGCUCAUCCAGAUACUAAUUUCCUCUUCCUAACGAUGACUCGACCAAGUAUUAUUUUUUGACCUCAAACGCACUAAAAAAUUCCAAUGGGCAAAUGUGACGGCUAUACGCGUAAGCUGCAAAUGAAUCCAUCCUUCAUGUAAUUCCUUUUGUGUAUCCGCAAAUUCCGUCCCAUUUGAUCAUCGUUAGUUUUUCUAAAAAUGUUUAUUGAUCAAAAUCAAUUCUUAUCAACUUUUUUUCAUAACAGAAGAAUCUUGAUAACUUCUAUAUUUCAUUUUGUAGCGACAGUGGAGGAACGCGAAGAAGAUAUGACCAAAAGCUCUGGGGUGCUUUCCAUCAUGACCAAGCCCACUGAAACCAGUUGAACUAACCAAGAGGAAAUGGAACGAGACUGUUCGAUCAAAAUAUGAUUUCCAACUGGAUCGAGGAGUCCCACUUCCAUUUCCAACCAAAAUUUUUACUACUUCUCAGCCAAUAAGAGUGGAUACGAGCAUUUUUAGAAAGGAGUGGUGACUUUUUAGGUCGGACCGGACCGAUUGGUGAAAGAGGAGGACUCUGGAGGUAGACCUUUUUCCUGAAAAUUUCCUCCUUCCAUUUAUACUUCGACCGAAAUCUGCGGAAAUUUUGGCAUAUUGGAAAGCAACCCUGGCCUCAGUUGUCGUCAAACAAAUUUCUAGAUGCUGCAUUAAUUUUGGUACAUGAAUCGACCUGUCAAAAUUGGGCGCACCGGUUACUCCGUUUUUUUGCGCAGGGAUUUUAUUAACUUGCGCAGGAAUACAUUAUCGCCGAUGACGUCAUAGCCUUUUUUUUAUCUUCAUGAAUGAAAUGCGCAAGAAUCUCAUUAAGAUAAGGCCGUGUGCUAUUUUUAGUUGGUGUAACCGGUUUUACAGGUUUUUAGUUGCUUUUAGGUCGGUAAAUGUCUUGGUUUCGAUUGGUCGAUUAGAAAAUAUGAAACGUUCAACCUCGUCCCCAGGGCGCUUUUCCCUGGCUUUUGAAACGUUUUCAUUGGUUAAUUCACGGUGUCCGGGGAGUAAACUCAAACUUGCCUGUGACUUAAAAUCGCUGAGUCGUAACGUGAUUAUGCAAUUUCUAUUUCCUGCUGCUGUGGUUGUCCUAGUUCCGGUUCAAUUAUCUUGGUGCGCAAAUCAUAUUUACUUUAGAACGCUUAGGCUUUUUAGCGCUUAGGGAGUGAACAUGGUUACAGCUACCAUAAUUUGCGGCACUGGAUGUUUGUGCUGUUUUUUUCAGGAAACAACUCAUGCACUACGUAAUGAAAAUCAUCGUGUAACCUCUUGCCUGUUAUAUUUCUCGGAAUCAAUUUCGUAGGACCGAAUGAACUUUCGGCAAGAGAAAUUCAAAAAAAUAAAAUGGAAAAUGUUUUAAAAUGGUUUAGAUUAGAGCAUAGCUAACUAUAAUUAGAGCGGUAUAUAUUGCAUUGUCUGCACGGUGAUGGUAUAUCAGUUGGUAAUGCAGGAGCGAACAAAACUUUUUAGUCGUACAGCUUUUCAAGGACUGGAAAAUUGAAAAAAAAAACUGUUAUAGGGUGUCAAUUUAUACUUUUAGUGUUCACAAUUUAUAACGGGUUACCUGUUACGAUGACUUUGAACUGAACUUUGCAAAACUAUUUUCAGUCUUCUUGCGCGUGAUUUGCAGUAUAAAUUUCAUUCCAAAGGAUGUCUAACAGAAUUUACCAUGUUGUCCACUUUAACUUAUCAGUCUAUGUAGCGAAUGGGCUGGGUGCGCAAAUCCCCACUUUUAAGCACAUGUCAGUGAUCAUAGAGUAUUUUUAGUAAUAAAUGUCCCGUGCACGACUGGACGACCUUUUGCUUUUCUGUGCUUACGGUUGAGUGUUUAUGUGCCAAGUAUUGAUUAAGAAUGAAGAAUUAUGAAAAAUUUUCACGUACAAAUGAUAUUAUUAUUUUUUUUUUUUAAUUCAACUAAGACAACUAAGUGUUGUUUGUACGUAUACGCACCGAAUACUAAGCUUGAAUGGGAAAGAAAGAAAGUGUUCCAGGUAUCAGUAACAAAAAGGCGGCUUAAUGUUAAAAUCGCUUCUGAAUCAUUUUCAUCUUUUCCUUUGUUUAGGUGGCUUAAUGACGUACUUUCCGUGAUGAUUGCUGAAGCAAAGACUUCCCUCAAAACUUUUUCCUCGAAACUUGAAAACGUCACAGAGGAAAUAAAACAGAUCAAUGACGCCUUGGAGUAUAUUAAAAGCCAUAAAGAUGAAAUAAUGAAAGGACUCUAUAAACAUUUCGAGAACUUUGAGCUUGAAGCUUUGAAUCGAGCGUGCGAAUAUCUCUCUUCUGAUGACGUUCAAUUCCGUUUCACCUCGUGGACUGAAGAGGAGGUUCCACAGGAAGACAGGGACUGGGAGGAGACGACACGAAACAUCGAAAGGGCAUUCCAAAGCCGUUUACAGGAAACAUUACAGUCUUGGUUCGAAGAGGGCAUGUUUUUGCCAACAGCUGAAGAUUUUGUUCAUGAAGAGCUGAAGAAGUACUUCAGUCAACCUGAAGACCACUUAAAGUGUCUUCCAGAUGUCCCGGAUGAUAAUGAGGGUGAAAAGAGAAACAGUCCUUGGUACCGCCACUUCAAGAAGGCCAAAAGCGGCAGCCGUCAAGGACUCAUUAUUGGGGGUAUUUACGCAUUCUUUGCUGUAAUUGCCUGGCUCAUCCCUAUUCCUUCACUUGCCAUUCGACUGGUUUUUGCUGUUUAUCCUGCGUUUAGCCUUUCGUUAAACGUUAUUGAAAGAUUAAGGACACGAUGGGAGAAAAGUGAAUUUCAAAACGGAAAGGAAGCGUUUAUGUCAACCCAUUCCAAGAACUUUCUCACCGCUGUUAAAAAUAGAAAUGUGCUUCAAAACUUCGUAAAAUUGCAAUUGAGACCUGUAAAGCAAUACCUUGUCAAGGUUGGCGCUUAUUUCUCCACGUUAAUCCCUGUGAAAAAGAAGCAACUUCUACAGGUUAAAAAUAAGGAGCGCUCUUUGGAAGAGGUAAAAAAUGUUUAUUGGAAGAUAUAUAAAGACGGGUGUCGCAUGAGAGGCCUUUAUGCAGUGUUAGGUGUAACAGAAAUAUUCCCCUUGAGAAUAAGUUGGAAAGGAGACAUUUCUUUCCCCAUUGGCAGCGGUACAUUUGGUGGUGUUUACCAAGAAAAUAUGACAAAAGAGGAGGGAAGCAAAACUGUGGAAUUGAAGGUGUGCAAAAAAGAGCUCAAUGCUGAAAACGCCAGCGAAAUCAUGAACGAUAUUGAACUUUUGAGGUAAGAGAACAAGAGUCUGAAUUUCCUUCAAACUGGUUAAUGCAAAAUAAGGGCUUUCUGACGUUUCACUCUUUGUUGGAAAUACCGUAAAUUUGGUCUUGGUCUUCAUCUGUCUAAUAACCCACCGUUUUGAAGUUAUUUAAUCCAAAAAAAGCCACCCCCCUCUCCCUUUACGGUGAUAUCCCCUCUUAUCUUGAGACGUGAGGGUUAUCAGCUGGGAAGCGAGCUGGACAGUUUUCGGAAUACGAGGGACAAGGGUCGGGAACUACGAUUUUCUCUUUCUCCUUCCAUUGUUUAGCUCUUUGGGGGAAAUGCCUCACUCUCCCGACUUGGCUCUUUCCUUUUCCUUUUGAAUUAUAAAUGAGUUUAAGAGUCUAAAUAAGCUCCGCCCGCUCUACUGAGAGCUCUCCCUCGAUCUGUAUUGAAAUUUCUACGGUAGGUCUGAGUAUCAUACGGCCAGUCCAGGACAUUACAGUGACAGGUGCUAAAAAAAGGUUGGAUUUCCUUGAAAAACUACUUACAAUAACGCAAUUUACACGAGUUAGAUAACAGUAAGAAACUUGCUGAAAAAAUUAAAAUGCUAUGAAUUAAAAAUGAUGGUAAAAUCAAUUAACGUAACAGUCUGUUUGGAAUUUCGAAGCCAUGAAAUGUUUAAAACAAAACCCUUGCUGAGAAGAAAGUUUAUCUUUCCUUUGAUUAGGAAGUUAAACGACCACCGUCACAUUUUGCAGUUUUAUGGCAUAUCACUUCGCCAAAAUUAUGUAGUCUUGGGCUUCGAAAAAUGCAUUGGAAGCCUGGCAGACUAUAUCUUUAAAGACGAGAACAAGAAGUCAGUCCCUACCAGAUCCAAAAAACAGUUUGUCCGAUUAAAGUUCCAGUGGGCAAGAGAGAUCACCGAUGGUUUGGCUUUCAUACAUGCGCUGAAAGUUGUGCACAGGGACCUCAAGCCUGAAAACAUUUUGGUAUGAACUAUACUUUUAUGUUAUUAUAUUAUUAUUAUUAUUAUUAUUAUUAUUAUUAUUAUUAUUAUUAUUAUUAUUAUUAUUAUUAUUAUUAUUAUAUGAUCAAGAAAAUGAUAAAAAUAGCCAUUAGAGCAACAUUUUACAUCUUUUGGUUUUUUUUGCUUUUCUUUUGUUUUCUUGUGUUUUUGUUGUUUUUUUUUCCUUUUUAAUAAUCCAAUCUCAAGCUGCAUUUGUAAACUGCCUAUACGUAGCGAGAUUUACAAUUGUACAUUCAAAAACAGAAAUAAAGUUUCCAUUAUUAUUAUUAUUAUUAUUAUUAUUAUUAUUUUUAUUAUUAUAUUUAGUCUUUGCACGUACCUUGCUAGGUAACUGAUCUAGAAAAAUAGGACCCCUUGAUUGUUCUAAGAUCUGUUUUUUGUUUUGUUUUGGUUUUUUUUUGGUGGUGGUGGGGGUAGGGAGGGUGGUGGGAGAGCGGUUAACACAUGUCAGUUCUGUUUUCGGAUUACUACUUUGACUAGCCACACAGCGCCUGUUCCCGUGUACAAUGAUACGUGAGUGGUCUCUGAAGAAGAAUGAAAUAAUCACAUUUUUUACGGAGAUAAGAUUAAGAUUAGACUAUUAUUGGGGCCGACGAUAUUACCUUUGAGGUGAGGCAUUAGGUGAUUUCAAUUGUAUUUAUAUAUAAUAUCCUGCAAACAGACCUAGAGUUAGAAAAAAAAGCAUUGAGAUACUAGUGUUAUAUAAAACACUAUAAAGCGGAAAAAAUCUAUCACAGUAGCUGGUUUGGAGAACAUUCUUGUUUAAACUUAAAUCCUUCCUCUUCUCACUGGCUAUAUCCCUCUUAAUCUUGUACCAUACAAAUUUUAAUUAUUGUUAUAAUUAUGAUAAUUAUUAUUAUUAUUGAAGUACAAAUAAAUGUUCUCAUUUGUAUUAAAGCUAUCUGAAGAAAAGUUAACUAAGAUUGCUGGACUAGCCAAGCCGGUAGAAGUGAUUACAGACACUGUCGCUGGAACGUAUUUUUAUAUGGCACCCGAAGUGUUUGAUUCCCAGAAAUAUGACGAGAAAGCAGACAUCUACAGCCUGGGAAUAGUCUUGUGGGAGAUGUGGUACGGACAGCGAGCCUAUCAAUGGCCUGGUACGGUUCAAGAAUUUUUUGUUUGGUUGAAAGAUGGUAAUCGCCCAGUGCACAAGAGUAGCUCCGACAAACCUCCGUGGAAGAACUUAAUGAUGCAGUGCUGGGACGGCAACCCCGAGACACGCCCUACAGCUCUGGCGUGCAAGGACGAAAUAAAAAGAGUGUGCAUCCAAAAGAAAGUUGUCUAA